GCUUGUAUGCGGACAAUGCGGUUGUCUCCAGGAAGUCUCGCGAGGUGUAUGGAGAGUCGGCGGAGGGGUGGCAGCGGGGGUUCCGGGUUCUGGGCUCGGAGUGUAGGCCCUGGCGGCUAGUACCGGAGGAGUGUCGAGGGUACGGAGCCCCGGGAUCCCAGUAAAGAUGAGUUCCCUUUUGGAACGCCUCCAUGCCAAGUACAACCAGAACCGACCAUGGCCUGAAACAAUAAAGAUGGUUCGACAAAUUAUGGAGAAGAGGACCGGAAUGAUCACCGGAGGGCACCAGCACCUUGUUAGCUGUUUGGAAACCUUACAGAAAGCUUUGAAAGUGUCUUCCCUUUCUGCAAUGACGGAUCGCCUGGAGUCAAUAGCAAGACAAAAUGGUCUUACAUCACACUUAAGUCCAAACGGUACAGAGUGUUACAUUAGUUCAGACCUCUUCUACUUAGAAGUUCAUCUUGAUCCAGAAGGUCAGCUGUGUGAUGUCAAGGUUGCGCAUCAAGGAGAAAGCCCUAUGAGUAGUCCAGAGCUUGUACAGCAGUUAAGGGAGAAGAAUUUUGAGGAUUUUUCUCAGUACCUUAAGAGUCUGGUGAACCUGUACAAGAUGCCUGGGGACAAGAAAAUGUUUUUGGCACUUCAGUCAUUGGAGAUGGACCUCACAAAAAUGGCUGCAAUGUAUUGGCAGCUCACCAAUGCCAGUGUUUUGGAUAAAAUACUACAAGGCACCGUAGGCUAUCUGACUCCUAGGAGUGGAGGUCACGUCAUGAAUUUGAAGUAUUACAUCACUCCAUAUGACCUUUUUGAUGAUGUCACUGGGGCUUCCAUUGCACUUAAUGAAGGGCAUGCACUUCCCCGAUCUCUUGGCCUGAAUGUAUCUGUCACGAUUGAAUCCACUUCUGUCAUGUACAAGCUGCCAAUUGCUCCUUUAAUAAUGGGCUCACAUCCUAUUGAUAAUAAGGGCACUCCCUCUUUCUCCUCCAUCACCAAUACAAACAGUGUUGAUCUCCCUGCUUGUUUUUUCCUAAAGUUUCCACAACCCAUACCAGUCUCGAGUACAUUUAUCCAGAAGAUUCAGAACUGCACAGGUAUUCCUUUAUUUGACACUCCUCCAACCUUUUCUCCCCAUUAUGAGUUGGUAACCCAGUACGAGCUGGCUAAAGAUAAGGAGCCUGCACCUAUGAACCAUAAUAUGCGCUUCUAUGCAUCUCUUCCAGGUCAGCAGCAUUGCUACUUCCUCAAUAAAGACGCUCCCCUCCCUGAUGGCAGGUGCUUGCAGGGGACGCUGCUGACUAAGAUUCCAUUCCAGCACCCUGGACGUGUUCCCACAAUCCUGAAUCUCAUCCGGCAUCAAAUGGCCUGCAGCACCCUAAUUGGAAGUUGUGUGAAGCGUACCAUUAUAAAGGAAGAUUGCCCUAACCUUUUGCAAUUUGAGGUUUCCCCUCUGUCUGACUCCUGCAUCAGUAUCUCCUUUCAGCAUCCAGUCAAUGACUCAUUAGUGUGUGUUGUGAUGGACAUUCAGGACUCCACCCAUGUAUCCUGUAAACUGUACAAGGGUCUGUCUGAUGCUCUUAUCUGUACAGAUGAUUUCAUCACCAAAGUGGUUCAGAGGUGCAUGUCUAUUCCAGUCACCAUGAGAGCUAUUCGCAGGAAAGCAGAGACCAUUCAGGCUGACACACCAGCUUUGUCUCUUAUUGCAGAGACUGUGGAAGACAUGGUGAAAAAGAAUCUGCCUCCAGCCAGUAGUCCAGGAUAUGGCAUGACCACAGGUUCAAAUGCUUUAAGUGGUAUUACAACUCCAACCAGCUCGUAUUCCUCGGGACCCAUCCCUGCCCUAUUUAACAUGGGGGUCAAAGAACGACAUGACUCUACUGGCCAUGGUGAAGACUUUAGCAAAGUAACUCAAAAUCCCAUCCUAACCAGUCUUCUUCAGAUCACAGGAAAUGUGGGAGGAAAUCUUGGUUCAAGUCCAACACCUCCGCAUCUUACUCCACCACCUGUUUCCUCACCAGCAAGUAAUACAAAGAACCAUCCUAUGCUUAUGAACCUAUUAAAGGAAAACCCAGCACAAGAUUUCUCCACUUUGUAUGGUAGUAGCCCUCUUGAAAGGCAAAAUUCUUCUGGAUCUCCUCGCACAGAACUAGGUCCAUCUUGUACUGGAAAGCCAAAGAAAAAAAGGCUCCGGACAGGUGCCGAAAAGAUGAAAAAUCAGACUGAAGAUGAUUUCCAGAGGGAGCUUUUCUCUAUGGAUGUGGACUCACAAAACCCAAUAUUUGAUGUAAGCAUGACGGGUGAUGCACUGGAUACACCUCACAUCACACCAGCACCUAGCCAAUGUGGCACUCCACCAACAGUAUAUCAGCAGCCCAUGACUCAUACCCAGUCUGGUAUGCAAAGAAUGGUUCGGCUCCCAAGUACAGACACCAUGAUUCCAGAUGUCACAGAUAUCCUGUCAGACAUAGCAGAGGAAGCUUCAAAGCUUCCAGGGACUGGGGAAGAUUGUCCUAACCUCGGCACUCCUGUCAGAGACUCCUCUAGCUCUGGACACUCUCAAAGCACUCUGUUUGACACAGAUGUAUUCCCAGUGGAUGGUUCUGGUGGUGGAGAUAAUCCUUAUGCAGAUGCAGCUGAUCUUAUUGCGGAGGCCAACGGAAGCCCCAACAGUGACUCUUCUAAUAAUUUCUUCAACAGUGUGGACUUUAACCCAGAGUUAUUGAACAGCCAGAGCGGUUUUACAGAUGACUUCAAUGAAGACAGCAGCCAGAGUGAUGAUCAUGAUUUUAAGGACUUUCCUGGCCAAGGGCUAGCAUCACUGAGUGUAGUUUCAGGAAUUCCUAUUGAUGGGAGUGAAGGCAAGUAUAAGGUAGGGUCAGGAGCUGAAACAGUAGAUUUCAGCAUCAUUGGAGGUGGUAAAGGACUAGGUGUGGUAGAUAUUCUUGAAGCACAUAGUAGGAGCCAGAGCCCCUUACUUGGAGGAGAAUUAACAAAAGAUAGGCCACAAAAGCAGAGGACUAAAGAGGGAAGCAAUGGGGGAGCGGGAAGUAUGAGUGGAAUUCAGGGAUCAGGGUUAGAUGCAAAAUCUGGAAAACGCAGCAGAACACCCUCUAAUGAUGGUAAAAGCAAGGAUAAGCCACCUAAACGCAAAAAAGUAGAGUCAGAAGGAAAAUCACCUUCUCACAUUGCCAGUCGACCUUUUACCCCUCCUACCAGUUCUGGAGGUUCAAAAUCUCCAGGGACAUCCGGAAGAUCCCAGACUCCUCCUGGCAUGGCCACUCCUCCCAUACCCAAAAUUACUAUUCAGAUUCCCAAAGGCACAAUGAGUGUUGGCAAACCGUCUUCCCAUAGUCAGUAUUCAAGCAGUGGUUCAGGAAAUUCUUCAGGUAGCAAAAGUCAUCAUAGCCACUCAUCGUCCUCAUCCUCUUCAUCAUCGGGAAAGAUUAAGAACAGUAAGUCUGAUGGGUCUUCUGGUAUGAAAAUAGGAGGAGGAGCAGGUGGAAUGUACACUGGACAAACCGGAUCCGGAAGCAGCCAGUCUAAAACUGGUUCUCAGUCCCUCGGAAAGCAAGGGUCUUCACCUAUCACCAAGCAUGGGCUAGGCAGUGGAACUAAUAGUUCUGGAAGUAGCAAGAAUAAACCACAAGGAAAACCAUCUGUGCUAAUGAACCCCUCGCUGUCCAAACCAAAUAUUUCCCCCUCACAUUCUAGGCCUUCUGGGGGUUCUGACAAGUUGUCAUCACCAAUGAAACCAAUGCCAACCACUCCACCUUCUUCCAAAGCCAAAUCCCCGGUUGGCUCAGGCAGUUCUCAUAUGUCUAGUGGAAGUUCCAGUUCCACUAUGAAAUCCUCAGCAGGUCUUGUGUCUUCAGGAUCUCUUUCACAGAAACCAAACUCAUCAUCUUCAUCCUCUUCCUCUUCUUCCUCAUCAUCUUCAUCCUCAUCAUCAUCAUCUUUUUCAGGUGGCUCCAAUGUCUCUCAGAAUCUCCAUGGUAGUUCCAAAGGGAAGUCCCCUAGUAGAAAUAAGAAACCUUCUCUUACAGCAGUCAUAGACAAACUUAAACAUGGGGUGGGAACUGGAGGCCCUGGUUCAGAGGAUUCUAUGGAGGGAGCUGGUGGGGGAGGCAACCCUGGAGCCCCCUGCCAUGGAAUGUCAUCAAAACAUGGACUUGUAGGAGGUGAAUUUACAGCAAAACGGGAGAAGAGUGAAAAAGACAAAUCAAAGGUUUCAGUCUCUGGAGGAUCUUCUGAUCCUUCCAAGAAAGGGGAUUCUAAGGGGUCAGGGAGCACCGGUGUAGCUAAAAUUAUCAUCAGCAAGCAUGAUGGAGGAUCACCUAGCAUCAAGUCAAAGGUUACUCUUCAGAAGCCAGGUGAAGGAAGUGGAGAUAGCGUGAGAUCACAAAUGCCUAAGAGCUAUGGCUCCCCUUUAAUCAGUGGGUCAACCCCAAAGCAUGAGCGCUGUUCUCCAAGCCACAACAAAUCACCAGCAUAUACCCCACAAGCCCAUGAUAGUGAAAGUGAAUCGGGGUCUUCCUCGAUCGCUGAGAAAUCUUAUCAAAAUAGUCCUAGCUCAGAUGAUGGAGGAGGCGGUAGCCGUACUCAACCAGAGUACAGUGCUGAAAAACACAAAAAACACAAGAAAGAGAAGAAGAGGCUAAAAGACAAGGAUAGGGAUCGAGAAAAGAAGAAGUCUUACAGCAUGAAGCCAGAGAGCUGGUCAAAAUCACCAGUUUCUUCUGACCCAACGCUGUCCAUGGGCGGAGGCCCUCUGCUGUCUUCAGAUAGAGCAGGACGACCCAGUCCAACUUACCUAAUGGGUGAAGAUGAUGAUUUAAUGGAUGUGGCUCUGCUAGGGAACUGAACAUUGUAUUAUAAUAGCAGGAAUGGGUGUGCUGGCUAUGCGUGUUAUAUGAUAUAUAUGUAUGUCCUUUUCUUGCCUGUAGAUAUCUUGCAGUGAAAUUUAUAACUUGACUAAUUCGGUGGUGACGAGGAUUAGUCAACUAUUUUAUUUUGAAUUACUCCAUUUUAAAUAUGA